AUGCAGGACUUAAGACAGCGCGUGAACGUUGGUGAGAGAGACGCUGGCAGAAAUAAUAACUACUCUGGAAUCGGUAUGGAUUGUGACCCAGGACUAACUUUACAACAAAAAUCACGUGAUCAAAUGCAAACGGUUGAUCGAAUAUCCAACCACAAUGGUAAAGACAUAAGCGAAGCAGACAUCAAUGCAUUUCCGGUUACGCCUACUCUUCAGUUGUCCAGUUCUUCAUCAUCUCAAUAUCUAUGUCCCAGUUUAUCAAGGAUUGCAGAUGAAUGCAUCGACGAUGACGUGCAAUCGCCAAGCGCCUCGUCUACUCAGUCAUCAGAGGAUAGCGUCGAGAUUACCAAGCCUUCUAGAAAUAGAUUCGGAUCCGUCACUGGAACUCUUGUACGAAGACAACCCGUUCGCAAUGUAAUAUCAGCAUAUGCAUCACAUCCAUAUCCGCAACAAAGAAGAAGAAAGGCUUCAGUUAAAAUUUGCAAAAAAUAA